GGCGGACGGACUGGUAAAGUUGGUGGCCGACAUAUCGGAAAGAGAUCGCCGUCGGCGUCGAAAGUAUUGGCGUGAAAUGAAGAAAAAACAACCUACAGUGUCACCAGGACCUUCAGUAGAGCUAGCCUCAAGUUCAAGUCUUACAGAAAAGAAGAAAAUGGGAAGGAAACGGUUCAAACGUGAACGAUCAAAGACAUAUAGAAAGAUGCAGAAAUUAGAGCAAGAACUGAAAGUUCAGAAGAAAAUCAAUGAAAAACUAAGAAAAAGGUUAUAUAGGGCUAAAGAAAAAAACAUUGACCCAAAUUCACCAAGAAUGAAAGUAAAAAUGAUAUUCAAAGGGCCAAAUAGUGCUGAAAAGGCUAGAAAGAUGCUGCUGUUUCAUAAUGUACUACUUGAGAGCAUUAAGAAGAAAUACAGGUUAAACAGGAGUGAAAAGUCAAAGCAAGUAAUCACAAAAGCUGUGCUGUGCAACCGACUGCUAAAGAAAUAUCGUUUGCAGAAGUAUGCCAGAGAGACCUUGGAAAUCACACACAGGAGAAUAAAGGUUGCUGAUCACAAUAUAUCAUUCAUGCGAAAAACGCAGAAAAACGCCCUCGUAGCAAACAUGAAACAGUCUGUUUCUGAGUUUCUGAAUAGAGACGAUAAUAGCAGGGUUAAAGCAGGUAAACGGUCCACAAAAACUCAACAUAAAGUGAAGAAACAAAUACGUUUGUUAAAUGACACUAUGAAAAAUUUGCAUAUGAAAUUCCUUGUAGAAGAAAAGAAAAGCAUGUCCUAUGCCAUGUUUUGCCGUCUCAGGCCAUUUCAUAUACGACCACCAACUGAAAAGGACAGGGAGACUUGCUUAUGUCGCAGACAUGAAAACUUGCAAAUGAAAUCAAGGCGACUUAAGGAAGAGCAUGUGUUGCAAACAGAAAACAUGUCUGAUAUAAUAAAGAAAGUUGUGUGCGAUACAUCCAGUAAAGAUUGCAUGUAUCGCGUAUGCCCUCGCUGUAAAGAUAAGCGGCUAGAUCUCAUACAAGAAUCUGAUGAAAGCAAGAUGGUCAAUUUCUUUGAGCGGAAAACUAAACGUGUCGAGGUAAAAAUGUCCAAUGGUGAAACAAAGAUGACAUCAAUGACUGUCAAAGAAAAGGACACGCUUUCAUUGAAAGUUUUGUGUGACGAGUUUGACAAGGAACUCAGAAACUGUUGUCAACAUGUGUAUAACAUUGAACACCAAUAUAAAGCUAUCCGUGAAUUGAAAGAUAAGCUUACAACACAUGAUGUACUCAUACAUGUUGAUUUUUCGGAGAACCUAACGUGUAGGUACGAGUCCGAAAUACAGUCGGUACAUUUUGGCGCGUCUCAGAGACAACUGUCACUACACACAGGAGUCAUAUACACGGCAUCUCAAACUCAGCCCUUUUGCUCAGUAUCAGACAAUCUUUCUCAUAACCCAACGGGAAUAUGGGCACAUGUUCGACCUGUUCUUAAAAUGAUAAGAGGGCGAUACCCUGAUAAAGUGAAUGUAUUCUUCUUGAGUGACGGCCCCACAACCCAGUAUAAAAACAAAGAAAACUUUUAUAUGAUGUCAUCAGUUCCAUUUGAGUUAGGAUUCAGGUCAGUAAAUUGGAGCUACACUGAAGCAGGUCAUGGAAAGGGCGCUCCUGACGGCGUGGGAGCCGUGGUCAAACGUGCAUCGGACCGACUUGUCAGUCAUGGAACGGAUGUCACGGGAGCACAGCAACUAUGUACACUGUUGAAUACCACCAACCUACACGUACAGAUGUUCUACAUACCAGACGAGCAGUUUUCGGUGUCUACAAACCACAAUCUACAUACUGUUAAAGGAACAUUGAAAAUACACCAGGUGUUUUCGACAUCGAAGCACGUGAUCAGCUAUCGGGACGUAAGCUGCUUUUGCAAGGCGCCAAUGGCAUGCAACUGUUAUUCCCCAACGGUGAACAAAUUUUCAAUAGAUACCGAUUUCCUGCUUCCAUGCUCAAGUACAGAGUCACAGAUGCUACAGCCCACGAUUGACCAGCCUCUGCCGCCCACAAGUGACCAGCCUCUGCCGCCCACAAGUGACAAGCCUCUGCCGCCCACGAGUGACCAGCCCCUGCAGCCCAAAAAAGACCAGCCUCUGCCGCCAACAAGUGACCAGCUUCUGCCACCCACGAGUAACCAGCCUCUGCCAUCCACAAGCGUCUUGUCAGAUAUCACAGUUGAUGACAGCCUUCUCCAUCAGUAUUGUGUGGUGAAGUACGAUAACGUGCCUUAUCCUGGGUUAAUCACGAACGUCGAGUCUAACGGUGACGGUCUUGAAGUCAGUGUAUUACAUAGUGUUGGUGACAGUAGGUUCUUCUGGCCAAGGAUGGAGGAUGUGUGUGUUUAUGCAAUGGAUGAUGUGCUCACGCUGAUUCCGCCUCCCAAGAAAAUCACGCGCCACUACCAGGUGGACAGUGAGAUUUGGAGAAAUGUAAAAGAUCACCUGAACAUUUAAUCCAAUGCAAUUAUGUUACUGUUUGGUUUCAAUUUGUUAAGACGUAUUUGUGUUAAUUACUUUUUUAUCAUACUGUGACAUAUUACGCGCAAACACCAUUUCCAGGACACAAAUUCAAUACCGUGACGCAAACGUCCACUCCAGAAUGCUCAUUCCAUACCGAAACAAUGGUCAAAUCUUAAUUUAGCAUUGCUUUCUAAAUAUAUGCUGUGCUAGAAUUUUUUUCAAUGUGUAUCUGGGCGUGAAAUGUAGCUAUAUAGAGAAACACAUCACACAAAUUUAAAACCAUGUUGAAAUAAAAGAAUUUUAAAAAUCACUUUGAAUGAGACUGUUUCAGUUUGAUAUGAAUAAUAUUGAGUUUUGUUAGUUUUUUAGCUCCAAAUUCGUUUUUUCUUGUAUUCAGUUAAUAUUCUCAUAGGCACUAAUACAUUUCAAGUGAUUUUGGGACAAAAUCUGGUAAAAUUAAAACGUUUUGGCUCAUUUUCAGAACGUCACGGAGUGGAAAAAUUUACAUUGGGUCAAUCUUUCCAAUGUCAUAUUUCAGGUCCUUUACAUCAAUUUUUUCAUGGCCGAUCAUGAUGUGUGCCACUUAAUGUUAUGUGAAUAUAAACCACAAAAAAUCUAUUUGAAUUUGUUAUAUUUUUAUUAUCAGAAUCAGUACAACGAAAGUUAACGCUAGUUGUAGAAUAACCCAGUUACCUCUAAAUUCAAAGAUAAAUUUGUGAAGAGUGAAACUAUUCUUACGUUUAAUUCGUUUGGACAUGGAGAGAGAGAUGCGGCAAACGGAAGGGAAAAACUGGCACCACCAAAUAACAGACUUGCCAGUGUAUUCAUGCUUGCACUGCUAG